AUGGCUCCAAAGCGCAAGGCCGCUGCUGCUGCAGCAGAAGCAGCACCUGAGGACCCCCCUGCCGAGCUGGCUGCACCCAAGCGGAGAAAGACUAGCGUUGCCAAGCCCACGAAGACUACAACCACUGCCAAAAAGCCGGCACCGAGGAGCCGUAAGAGUGCCGCCGCGGCCGUAAAGGAGCCAAAGCCCGCAAAGGAGGCAAAGCUCGUAAAAGCAGCAAAGCCGCCGGCGCCGAAGGCUGCGGCUGCGAGGAAGGGGCGCGCGUCGGCUGCUGCUGCUGCUGAUGUCAGCGCUAACAAAGCGGCCACGUCAGCGCGCUCAGCCAAGCGGGCCAAGCUGGCGCCCUUGGCAGUGGUGCAAGAGGACACCGGCCUGCCGCCUGUGGAGCACCCUUCCCACCUCAAGGCAUGCACCUGUUCAUCUCAACACAUGGUGGCAGGGGAGAUGUUUGUAUUAGGAGAGGGUGACUGCGGGCAGCUGGGCAAGGGGGAAGAUGUUGCGGACGCACCUCGGCCCGCGCCGUCUCCAAUUCCUGGCAAGCUGGUGGUCCAGGUGGCGGCGGGGGGCAUGCACAGCGUGGCGCUCACCCCUGAGGGGGAGGUCUGGACCACGGGGGUGAAUGAUGAAGGCGCUCUGGGACGCGAGACAGGUGGAGAACUGUGGGAGCAGUCAGGACUGGCAAAAGGGAACGCCUCGGACGCCAACACCUGGGGCCCUGUCAGCAUCCCCUCUACCCACUGCAAGGUCGUCCAAAUUUCUGCUGGCGACAGCCACACGGUGGCGCUGACUCAGCAGGGCGCCAUAUGGGCGUGGGGUACUUUCCGCGACAGUUCUGGCGUGCUCGGCUUCUCACCCUCCGAGCGCAUCGCCCUGCUGCCCACCCUCGUGCACGAGCCUGUGACCGCGGAUGAACAGGCGCUCAAGAUCGCCUCAGGCGCGGAUCACGUGAUGGCGCUGACCCGCGGCGGCGCGCUGAUGUCAUGGGGCAACGGGCAGCAGGGGCAGCUGGGCAGAGUGGGCAGCCGCAUGCGCAACCUCAAGGAUACACUCCUGCGCCCGCACCCCAUCCCAUUCACCCGCCGCAUCCGCAACAUCGGCGUCGCCAAGGUGGAGGAUUUUGCAUGCGGUACGUACAGUAGCUUUGCGCUGGCGGCGGGCGGCCACGUCUUCGCUUGGGGCCUCAACAACUACGGCCAGCUCGCCCUGCCCGGCCAGGUGCCGGUCCCUGGUCCAGUGCUGGUCAAAGCGCUGGAGGGGAGGGAGGUAACGCUGGUCAGACCGGGGCAGCACCACACCCUUUUCCUGACAGCUCAGGGUGAAUUACUAAGCGCCGGGCGGCCCACCUACGGCCGCCUCGGCCGCGCGGGGCUCAACAUUGCGUCGGACGAAGCCGUCCCCGAGCCCGGGACUGUGGAGAUUGAAAAUGCUGGCGGCAUUGUCGGCCUCGCAGCAGGGCUGGCGGUGAGCGGGGCGUUUGACGGCAGCGGCAAGGCGUGGAUGUGGGGCUUUGGCACCAACAGCCAGCUGGGCAAGGGCAACGACGAUGGCGACGAAGAGCUGCCGCACAUGCUGGCAGAGACCAAGCGCUUCAGCGGCCGAAAGGUGGUACAGCUUGAGUUCGGCGGCCAGCACGCUCUCCUGCUGACAGUGCCGGCAGUAGGCAAUGCCGCGGCUGCCCCGGCCGCCGCCGCCGCCGCUGCAGCGGCAGCCGCCGCGCCGGCGGAAGCUGCUCCAAAGGAGGGGGAAGCUGCCGCAACGGGGGCGGAGGGCGCGAAGCCGAACGAAGGGGGAGUGGUGGAAAAGGAGGAGCCAAUUCUGGCGGAGGAGGGGCCGGCGCCGGCGGCGGAGGAAGCUGCGGAUGAAGCUGCGCCGAUGGAGGUUGGCGAUGCUGCGCUGCAGACAGAGGAAGCUGCGCAGGCGGCUGCGCAGCCCGCCGCCAAUUUGGCGCCUCCGACCGUUAUUGUCAAGAAGGCCAAGGCCCGGGCAAUAGCCAGAGGCAAGGGUGCCAAUAAGAAGAAGAAGGAGGCCGAUCCCCGGCCAGAGGAGAAUGAUGCUGAUGCCACUGCUCCAGAACCCGCAACAGCAGGAGAUGCUGCCACUGCCGAAGAUGCAGCACAUCCGGUGGCAAACGGUGUCCAGCCAGAAGAGGCAGAUGCAGCCGCUUCAGCCGCUGCGGAGCCUGCGCCAGAGCCGGCAGCGGAAGCUGCGAUGCCGGGCAAUGAAGCUGUGCCGAUGGAGGUCGGGGAAGCUGCGCCGGCAGCAGAGGAAGCUGCGCUCGCACCCAAGGAAGCUGCUGCAGAAGUUGCGCCACCGGCUGCCGCGAUCAAGAAAGCAAACGGCCGUGCUGCUGCCAGAGGUGCAAACGGCGCCAAGAAGAGGAAGGCGGCGGAUGCUUUGGACCAAGCACUGGCUGCCUCUGAGCCAGAAGCUGCAUCAGACAAGGAAGCUGCCUCAACAGGACUGGACGGGGUUGCAACGGAUGCAGCAGCACCUGUGGACAAUGUGCAGCAAUCUGACGUGGACGCUGUAGCAGAUGCUAUGGCACAAGACGCUGCGGUGCCGUUGCCAUAG